AUGAAUUUAUCCCACUUGGUGACCAGCUAUCAUAGCCCUCCUUCGACGUAUCCACACUCAGGCACUUCGCAAAAGCGCCAGUCCUUGCAGAGCGAAUCUUCAUUAUCUGUAUCGAACGGAUACUACGAUCGCAAUGCUUCAAAUCUUGCAUAUGCCCGCUCUCCUCAACCACCCUUAUCCCCACCUGUCGAAGAGCAGUCCAGAUUCUCUCUUCCUUCAAUAUCGAGUUUAUUGCAAGGAGCUGACCAACUCUCUCCUGUUCAUGUAGCUAAAAAACAUCGUCCCAAUUCACUCUCAACUGGAGAAGUUGAUUUAAAAUCGCAGGGCCAUGGAGCCACCCAAAAGCCCGUACACAGGCCGAGAAUGAUUUUACCACCGACCCCUCCCAUGCGCCCAGGCUCCGGAUUAGAUGGAAGAAAUCACUCUCCUUCCGGAUCGUCGCCAUCGUCUGCACACUCUCCCAUUUCAGUAGCCAAUCUCACAAGUUCGUCAUCGGCGGACCCUUCCUACCAGCAUCGGAUGCCCCAAGGUCCGUUACCCCCGCAGUCAACCAGAUCGUCCGUAUCUCAAAAUUCUCCUGUCUCUCUACCCGAAAAGCAUUACGCUCCAUCCUCCAAUUUACCCACCAGCUCGACUCCAUUCGCUUCCCCAGUUGAACCCCUAGCGAAUUCUACGGAAUAUUAUCACCGCCCAUCCCAUCCCCCUUCUUUCUCGACAUCUAUUCCUCUGGCAGCCCCGCCAGCGCAACAGCACCAUCACCAUUCGAUGAUCUCAACCUGGCAACACCACCACUAUUUUCCACCGUCAAAUACGGCUCCCUACCCACAAAAUCAUGACAGGUAUAUCUGUCGAAUAUGUCACAAGGCGUUUUCUCGGCCUUCUAGUCUACGGAUUCACUCGCACAGCCAUACCGGCGAAAAGCCAUUCAAAUGCCCGCAUGUCAACUGUGGCAAGUCAUUUAGUGUCAGGAGUAACAUGAAGCGACAUGAGCGGGGUUGUCAUACAGGCAGACCUACGCAAGCAGCUUUGGUGAAUUAA